GAAGCUUCACGCGCGGAUCUAAAAAUUAGCGUGAAAGAAGUGAUGUGAAGACAGAAAAGCUCUCAUUCAUUCCCGCACGGUUCACGCACGACUCUGAAACUGCUGCAGUUUUUUGGAAAGUAUCGAUCCUCUAUUGGCUGAUUUCUCCUCUGACUUUGCUCAUCAGGAAUUAUGCAAAGCGGGAAAGUUGACCCUCUCCCGCUCUGAUCUCUCCAUCCUCCCUCUGUGUGGAUUUUUUUUUUGUCAGCGGUCUGUGCGUGAGCCUGCGUGAUCACCCCCACCCCCCCUCCUGCCAGGGACUCGUGAAUGGCAGCCAAUGGGCGGGUGGAGUCCCCCCAGCCUCGCAGCCUCCCUGACAUCCAGCGGAGUGAUGCAGCGCGACUGAGAGCGCAGUCGGGUUUGGAACAACGGGCACCGGAGGCUGCGGAGAGCGGAUACGGUCCGGCAGCUGCCGCGGCGCCACGGGAGCGUCUUUCCCACGGUGACGGUGAUCCUCGGAAAGCAGGUACUGACUGCUGCCUCAAGUGAGACGGGGACCCCCCCUCCAGCUUUGCUAGAACACAGCAUGAACCCGGUCCUCCAUCCAGACCACUGAGGACGGCGUAAGAGAGCGCGGUGUGGGGGUGUGGCCAUGGAUAGAAGGGGCGUUUGUGCACUGAUGGUGCUGUGGGCCAUGGCCCACCUGGGUUCUCCGGCAGACGGGUCCAGAUCCCUGCGAAGGACUACAGGGGGGCGGAAAGGGUCUCCGGGACUGACGGGACAUGACGCCAACGGAGUGCCGCUCAGACGCUCCAAGAGAGGAUGGAUGUGGAACCAGUUCUUUUUGCUGGAAGAGUACACGGGGACGGACAUGCAGUACGUUGGAAAGCUUCACUCUGACUCAGACCGGGGAGACGGCAGCGUCAAGUACGUCCUCACCGGGGAGGGGGCCGGGACCCUCUUUAAGAUUGAUGAAAAUUCGGGGGACAUCCACGCCACCAAGAGGCUGGACAGGGAGGAGAAGGCCUUCUACAUCCUCCACGCCAAAGCCGUCAACCGCCAGACCAACGAGGCGCUGGAGGGCGAGUCCGAGUUCAUCAUCAAGAUCCACGACAUCAAUGACAACGAACCGCGCUUCACCAGGGACCCGUACCUCGCCCGCGUGCCGGAGAUGUCCGACAUCGGAACUUCGGUGAUCCAGGUGACGGCCAUCGACGCAGACGACGCCACGUACGGGAAUAGCGCCAAGGUGGUGUACAGCAUCCUGCAGGGGCAGCCGUACUUCUCUGUGGAUCCAGAAACGGGCCUCAUCAAGACUGCCCUGUCUGGCAUGGACCGCGAGGUCAAAGAGAACUACCUGGUGGUGAUCCAGGCCAAAGACAUGGCGGGCCAGAUGGGCGGGCUUUCCGGGACCGCCACCGUCAGCAUCACCCUGGCCGACGUCAACGACAACCCGCCUCGCUUCACUAAGACUCUGUACGAGUUCCGAGUGCCCGAGUCCAGAGAGCUGGGCUCGUCUGUGGGCGCCAUCCGGGCCAUGGACGCCGACAUCGGCCAGAACGCAGAGAUGGACUACAGGAUCAUCGGGAGCGACGGCCCGGGAAUGUUUGACAUCAUCAGUAACCGGAGCACGCAGGAGGGCGUCAUCGUGCUCAGAAAGCCUCUGGACUUUGAGAAGAAGCGACAGUACAGUCUGCGCGUUCAGGUGGAAAACGUCCACAUCAACCCCCGCUUCUACAAGAUGGGGCCUUUCCGGGACGAGGCCUCCGUCAGGAUCACGGUGGAGGACGUGGAUGAGCCGCCGGCGUUCGAGCGGCCCAGCUACGUCAUGGAGGUCAGAGAGGACGCAGGCAGGAACGUCAUCAUCGGCACGGUCAGCGCCUCCGAUCCGGACGACAAACGCAGCCUGGUCAGGUACACCAUCGAUCGCCGCACCGACAUGGACAGACUGUUCGACAUCCAUGCAGGCAACGGGUCCGUGUACAUCCUCAGGGACCUGGACCGCGAGGAGAACGCCUGGCACAACAUCUCCGUCAUCGCCUCAGAGUUCAACAACCCGCGGCUGAUCAGCCGCGUGCCCGUGUACAUCCGAGUGCUGGACGUCAACGACAACGCUCCGACAUUUGCCACCAAUUAUGAGGCGUUUGUGUGUGAGAACGCCAAGGCUAAUCAGAGGAUUCAAACUGUGAGCGCCACAGAUCCCGAUGAACCAAUAGGAGGACACCGCUUCAUCUUUAGUCUGGCCCCAGAAGCUGCGGGAAAGGCGAACUUCUCCGUCCGUGACAACAAAGACAACACGGCCUGGAUUCUGACCCGGAGGAGCAGCUACAGCAGCCUGCAGAGGAGCGUCUACCACGUUCCUGUGGUCAUUUCCGACGGAGAGCUUCCCGCACUGAGCAGCACAAACACGCUCACCAUCCGAGUGUGCACCUGCGACCGCGAGGGCAACAUGAAGCUGUGCAACCCUGAGGCUCUCACGGCGAAGGCGGGGCUUAGCACUGGGGCAUUGGUGGCCAUCUUGCUCUGCGUCAUGAUUUUGCUCAUGAUCGUGGUGCUGUUUGCUGCCCUGAGGAGGCAGAGGAAGAAGGAGCCUCUGAUCAUCUCCAAAGAGGAUGUCAGAGACAACGUUGUCAGCUACAACGAUGAAGGCGGAGGAGAGGAGGACACGCAGGCCUUUGAUAUCGGCACGCUGCGCAACCCAGAGGCCAUCGAGGACAGUAAACAGAGGAGGGACAUAGUCCCUGAGACCUUCUACCCCCAAGUGAGACGGCCUGUGCUGCCCCCGUCCCGGGACAAUAACGGGGACGUGAGGGACUUCAUCACCCAGAGGCUCCAGGACAACGACAGUGACCCAACGGCGCCGCCUUACGAUUCCUUGGCGACCUACGCCUAUGAGGGCAAUGGCUCGGUGGCCGAGUCCCUGAGUUCGCUGGAAUCGGUGACCACCGACGGCGACCAGGACUACAACUACCUGAGCGAGUGGAGCCCCCGUUUCAAGAAACUGGCAGACAUGUACGGGGGGGACGACAGUGAUUCCUAACGAGAACCCGCCCCUGAGACGAGGGAAGGAUAACUUUCAGGAGAUUGUUGUGAGUUUGUGACGAGCAGAACCGCCAACGGGCUGGAUGCGGUGACCGGCGUAGGCUUUGUGUGUCCACUCAGUGUUCGUUUUUGCGAGGACCAAGUAAAAGACUUUUGUGUCGAGACUUUUUUUCGUGUGUAUAUUGGGUGUAGACCACACCCGAAUAUAUAUCUAUACUGAUGUUUUUGUUUUUCCAAAGCUGCCUGGCGGGACUUGUUCAACAAGCAGUUUUGUAAACCAACAGAUAUGCCUAUGUAUUUUUCAGUGUUUCUGGAACAAAAACAUGCUGCAUAUUGUGAGUUCUACCUUAGCUUGUGUAUGUACGGUAACAUGAAACAGAACGCUGUACAGCUGUUUUCUUUUCUAGGGAUUUCUAUCCUCCAAUCUACCCCCCACUCCGGAGGACACCUGCCCCUCCUCCACUGGGGAUCACUGUUGCUGCCAUCGGAAAGUUGCGCUAAAGGACGUUCAGGGCUGCAGCUUUUACUUUGACAUUGUCUGAUCUUUCAUCUCCACUCAGCCACAGGUGUAGGAAGCAGGUGAGCCGAAUGUUUCCUUGUUGAUGAGGGUCUUUGUCAAAGCCGCUGUUUGGUAAAAAAAAAAAAAAAAGACGAUCGGAGUCAUAAGUCCUAACAUCCAGCAAAUUCUAAGACGUGAAAAGUUGAAAUGUCAUUUUAAACUUUUCCAAAUUGUAUUUCUUACCUGAAGAGAUGGAAAAUACUGAAUGAUUUCAUCUGCCCUUGAACAGAUUCUACAGCGUUGCCUUAAAUUUUAAAAGAAAAUCUACCGUCUGUCCAGACGCUGAGAAAUCAAUGCAGCAGGUUGGUUCACUACAUUAAAAACCAAAUAGAAAUCGUUUUUUGGGGUUCAUUUCAACCUGCAAACAGGAAUGUAGGAGAACGUUUAUAUUAAUAUAUAUUAAUAUUAUCCAGUCACAGCCGGCAUAAAACACACUUUUGAAAUACUUUAAUAUGUGAAGUUCUGCUCUCAGAGGAAAAAGUAACUGCCCCCCCCCCACUUCAUUUUUUGAAUCAACAAUAAUUUUAGAUUAAAAAUAUCAUCAUUCUUCUCCUAAAUAACCAAGAAGAGAACUCUUGGUUUUACUCCAGACGUGUUCCUCAAAUGUUUUUCUGAAACAUUUGCUCUUGAAUUUGUGGUGGUGGUGGUGUAGGGGGGGGGGGGGGGGGGGGGGGGGUUAUUUACAGGAUGGGAAGAAAGCAGAGGUGGACACAUUCCCUUUAUAGUUCAAAUCAUCUCAGAUCUGCUCCUACUUCCCUCAUGUUUGCAUAUUUCCACAAUAAAAGUCUGAAUUCAGCGGUUGGACUGAGGCAUGCAAACAAUCAUCUGGAAGAGGGGGGGGCAGAUAUUUUCCCCAGUAUUGCAGCAGAAAGAUGCCAAACAGCAGAAGAGCAGCAGUACUUUCCUUUCAGGAGCUCAGUCCGUGGAGUGGAGUGGGGGGGGUGAGCUGAUUUCCUGAGGGACCAUCAAGACGCUCUGCUUGCAGACACAUAAUGGCGUCCUUGUCUCACGGAGAAGGUCGUCUCUUCCAGGAGGACGCCGCAGCUUUUAGAGCUGAUUUAGAAAUAAAGGAUGUUAAAGCAGCAGCACUGCCAGCUUCCUGCUGGAGCUCCUGUGAGGUUAAGGGGGGGCUGCUCUCACUUUAAAGGUCCACCUGUGCAGAGGCUGACGUUCACCCCCCCCCAGCCCGCUGAAUGGACCGGGUGGCGAUGUCAUAUCAUCUGCUGCUGGAAACGGCUCCACCACAGGAAAUCAACGUUUUUAGAUUCCGUAUUUGACUGUUUGGGUACGGGCCGCCGGCACAUCACGCCCACGUGCUUCUAUUGGACAGGAGAGCGGCCGCUGAGCGCUGGCCACGCCCCCGCGUCUGAUUCCUCCUUGUGUUUUAGGGCGGGGUUGCUCCAGAAAGCCUAGAUGUUUGGUUGUUGAUGCUGGGUUCAGCUCUGCGUGGUGUUCCCGUGUAGUUCUUGUAGAAACGGAGAGGCUGUGGUGGAGGAGGGGCCGUCCAUCACACUGCUUUGUAAACCGUGAUAUUUUGUACUGGAUAUUUAUAUGACAAUUAAAUCUCUUUAAAAA